AUGAUCUUGGGUGACACGUUGCUCAGGCGGGACUUCGGGGACUCUCUGCCGCCCUUUCCGCCCAAGUACUAUCUCGCAAUGACCGCGCUGAUGGCUGAUGAGAGGAGGAAACAGCUGGAACAAUAUUUGCAAAACCUACCCAUGGACCCGGACGUGCUGAGGAGCGAUGUCUUCGUUGAGUUUUUAAAACAAUUACAGCUGAGCACGUUUAACGUCUCUACCAAGAAGGUCUCUCUGGAUCUGCUCCUGCCGGAUGCCAAGAGUGUCCGAAUCGAAAUCCUCACGUCAGACACUGCAGAAAGAGUCCUGGAGGUGGCAUCACACAGAAUUGGACUGUCCCGGGAGCUCUUGGGCUACUUCGGUCUGUUUCUCCUUCAGUUUCACACGGAGGGCGAGCUCUCUGUGGUGAAACAAAUGGCGGGCUUUGAACUCCCUUUUGUUAGUCUUCAAAAUUUCGAAGUGGGACUCUGUAAGGUUGGACUCAGAAAGUGGUAUAUGGACCCGACCCUCGACGCCCAGCUGAUGGACUGCAGGGUGGCUGUAGACUUGAUCUACCUGCAGGCCAUACAGGACAUAGAAAAAGAAUGGGCCAAACCUACACAGGCUCAGAGGGAGAAACUCAUGUCUCUUCAGAAGGAAGACCAGCGGACACAGUUUUUGGAGCUGUCUCAGGAGGUGCGGCACUAUGGGUGCUUACAGCUGGAUCCCUGUACCUGCGACUACCCAGAACCCGGCUGCCUGGUCACCGUUUCUGUCGGCAACAACGCCAUCAGCUGCCACAUAACCCUGCCCGAUGAGCAGGCCCGGGACGUCAUUUUCCAGAUGAACAAGGUCAAGUGCUGGCAAGUCACUUUCCUUGGUACGCUGCUGGAUAUGGAGGGACCCCAGCAAACUCUCAACCAGGACUUGGAGCUCAGAUUUCAGUACAGUGAGGACAGUCGCUGGCAGUGGUUUGUCAUUUACACCAAGCAGGCUUUUUUGCUGAGUAGCUGCUUGAAAAAGAUGAUCUCCGAAAAGAUGGCCAAGUUAGCUGUGGAGAAUCCAGAAAUGGAGAUUGAGGUUCCAGAACAAGGCAAGAGCCAAAGACACCACCUUCAGCUAAGCCCGUGGCGAGACUCCUCCAAUUUGUUGCCGAGAAAAAGCAAGAUUUCCAAUAAGGUAGCUGAAGAGGAUUGUGUUUUUGGGACCAUAAAGGAAGAAGAUCUUUGAAGAGAGACUCUCACUUUUUAAAAAUGUCCUUUAAGGGAAAAAAGAAAAAAAGAAUGCCCUGUAAGGCUCUCCCACGAGGGCUAAGAGCUGGGGGUUGGAGGUGAGCUUCCUUAUUACCCAUGAAAAAAAGGGGGUGCCCUCCCAUGUUUCAGCCACCGAGAGAUUUUGGCACGAAGUCUUAUUUGUCCAGACUCCUGAAACAUCAAACUCUAAGUAAAUCUCAAAAUUAAAAAAAAAAAAAGGCAGGGGCAGGGAGACCAGGCAUCCAAUUUCAUUGUAAUGGCUUAUGAAAGACAAUAGCAACUCUUUAUCAAGCAAUCUGAAGCUCAUUCUAUUUUUGCAUCUGACAGGAAUGAAAGGUUGAUGACGAAACAGUGCACAUGCGGUGGGUCUCUAAACAUCCCCGUCUUAGAUGUACUGUAGCAGGAAGCAAGGAAACUUAGGAAUGCCUAGAGCAUAGGUUCCCAAACCUACUUAGCCUACUGCCCCCUUUUCAGAAAUUUUAUAUAUAUACUCAGUGCCCCAGUGGCAAUGAAAACAUUGUAGAUAUCUGCUUUUGCAGCCUCACCCCCAAGCCCCCUCCAUUCCACCACUCUUCAGGCUAGGGCCCACCUUGGGAAAUAUUCGUAAACAAACCAACCCCCAACUCUCUGUCAUCUAGCCCAUUCUGGCUCCUGAGGAUCCUGUAAGACAGGGUUGAACUGCCUCUGUGGGUUUCCCAGGCUGCAUCUCCUUAAGGAAAUGGAAAGCCCCAUCUUUCUCCUGUGAAGCAGCUGCUGAUCAUGAGGGUAGCAGCCCAGCGGAUCACCCAUCGGCCACUUGGGCUCCUUUGGGAGACACUGACUGAGAGUUCUAAAUACCACAGUUGUUAGUCACUGUCCUGUGAGGGGUCAGGGAAGCAUGACGGUACGGCGCAUUGUGUGUCCCCUUAGGAGCUUGCAAGAUGUCUUAGGUGAGGGUAAGUUCUAAAGAUAGGACUCUCCCCCAGAAGAAAAUUGGGCUCCCCCUAAGAAAUGGAAUCAUGGAAAACACAUUCUGGAUCCGCAGAUCCCCCCCCAGGAUCUCCGUGAGGCCCCGGACCGCACUUUUGGUUCUGUAAGUAGUUCUGAGCUUAGCGGCUGUCCAGCCUCGGGCUUCUUGGGAGUUGUGCUUGGAUCCUGUCCUUUGGUGAACUCAGUUCAAUAAUCAUCCGGCUGUUCUGGGAUGUUGUUUUGUUAUUUUUGAAACCAGCAUAUGAUAUCAUAACUCUCAGAUUUAAAAAUACACACUUUCUCAAAAAUAUUUUCCCUUGCUUAAUCAUAUGAUUAAUCUGGUCAUGAAUGUAAUUAUGCUCAGAAGUAGGACUGCAGUAAGGGGAAGGGGUGGUGGCCUCUAUCGAAUGUCAUUCUCUAAUGCGCACUAUUCUGAUGUGCUUUUCUAGCUGGGUCGUGUAGCUGAUCAUAUAAUA